GCUGAGGGGAGGCCCAGAGCCUUUCUGGGGCCUGGGGGAUCCUCUUGCAUUGGUGGGUGGAGAGAUGUGCCUGCAGCCAACCAGGGUCAGGCUGUGCUCACAGUUUCCUCCGGCGGGCGGCAUGUAAAGGCUCCACAAAGGAGUUGGGAGUUCAAAUGAGGCUGCAGCGGACGGCCUGAGCUGCGGACGGACCGAGCCCCGAGCUGUGCCGCCCGAGUCCAGACCUGCAGAGCAUGGCCCUGAGGCAGCUACCGGCUCCCACCCCAAGAGGAGGCAGGUUGUGAGCAGCCCCGCAGGACCCCGGCCAGCCCCCGCCCCGGGCCGGCGGAGCUCCACUGUGCAGGCGGAGCAGAGCCGGCAGAGGCCAGCGAGGCAGGGCUGCUGGGUGGCCGGGCAAGCCUGCGACUCGAGGACCCCUCCUGGAGGCCAUGGACAGGCUGCUUUGCUGACGGCCAAAGGGAAGCAUGUGAGGAGCUGCCCCAGGAGCCAGGCAGGAGGGAAGAGGUUGUUAUAGGCUCUGUUUGCAAAGGAGAACCACCAUUCUGCAAGGACCAUGAGGCCACUGUGUGUGACGUGCUGGUGGCUGGGACUGCUGGCUACCUUGGGAGCUGCCGCCGGCCAGAAGGAUGGUUUGGAGGGCACCGAGGAGGGCUCGCCAAGCGAGUUCAUUUACCUGAACAGGUACAAGCGGGCUGGCGAGUCCCCAGACAAGUGCACCUACACCUUCAUCGUGCCCCAGCAACGGGUCACAGGUGCCAUCUGCGUCAACUCCAAGGAGCCCGAGGUGCUCCUGGAGAACCGCGUGCACAAGCAGGAGCUGGAGCUGCUCAACAACGAGCUGCUCAAGCAGAAGCGGCAGAUCGAGACGCUGCAGCAGCUGGUGGAGGUGGACGGCGGCAUCGUGAGCGAGGUGAAGCUGCUGCGCAAGGAGAGCCGCAACAUGAACUCGCGGGUCACGCAGCUCUACAUGCAGCUCCUGCACGAGAUCAUCCGCAAGCGGGACAACGCGCUGGAGCUCUCCCAGCUGGAGAACCGGAUCCUCAACCAGACGGCCGACAUGCUGCAGCUGGCGAGCAAGUACAAGGACCUGGAGCACAAGUACCAGCACCUGGCCACGCUGGCCCACAACCAGUCGGAGAUCAUCGCGCAGCUGGAGGAGCACUGCCAGCGGGUGCCCGCGGCCAGACCCAUGCCCCAGCCGCCCCCCGCCACCCCGCCCCAGGUCUACCAGCCGUCCCCCUACAACCGCAUCAUCAAUCAGUUCUCCACCAACGAGAUCCAGAGCGACCAGAACCUGAAGGUGCUGCCGCCCCCUCUGCCCACCAUGCCCACCCUCACCAACCUCCCGUCCUCCACAGACAAGCCGUCGGGCCCGUGGAGAGACUGCCUGCAGGCCCUGGAGGACGGCCAUGACACCAGCUCCAUCUACCUGGUGAAGCCCGAGAACACCAACCGGCUCAUGCAGGUGUGGUGCGACCAGCGACACGACCCCGGGGGCUGGACCGUCAUCCAGAGGCGCCUGGACGGCUCCGUCAACUUCUUUAGGAACUGGGAGACGUACAAGCAAGGGUUCGGGAACAUUGACGGCGAGUACUGGCUGGGCCUGGAGAACAUCUAUUGGCUGACGAACCAAGGCAACUACAAACUGCUGGUGACCAUGGAGGACUGGACUGGCCGCAAGGUCUUCGCGGAGUACGCCAGCUUCCGCCUGGAGCCCGAGAGCGAGUAUUACAAGCUGCGGCUGGGGCACUACAAUGGCAACGCGGGCGACUCCUUUACCUGGCACAACGGCAAGCAGUUCACCACCCUGGACAGGGACCACGAUGUCUACACAGGAAACUGUGCCCACUACCAGAAGGGAGGCUGGUGGUACAACGCGUGCGCGCACUCCAACCUCAACGGGGUCUGGUACCGCGGGGGCCACUACCGGAGCCGCUACCAGGACGGAGUCUACUGGGCUGAGUUCCGAGGGGGCUCCUACUCACUCAAGAAAGUGGUGAUGAUGAUCCGGCCCAAUCCCAACACCUUCCACUAAGCCAGCUCCCCUCCUGACCUCCCGUGGCCUUUGCCAGGAGCCUUCCCCUGCCACGCUGGCCCCAGAGCAGAAAGCACCUCCUCGCCACUCCGCCGGGGGCCGGGAGGACCGGGAUGCUGGAGUCUGUCUUCCCCAGUCACUGCGGCAGAUAACGGAACUGGAUGGGACAGUGUUCUCUGUCCCCACAGUGGUCCUCACGCCAGACAGCCCCUCGGGUUUCCAGACAGGACUGCAGACCGGUCUUUCUUUAAGUUAAUUAAGUCCCUACAAUAAAAACACAACUUCAAAAUACCUUCAUAAUAUACACGUGUAUGAGCCGACCUUGCACACUUGUGUGUAUACUACAUAUAUGUGCAUUUAGAUAUAUGGCACAUAUAAAAAUCUAGAUACAUAUAUAGGUUUGCCUUCUACACCUAAACACACAUAUACCUGAGCUCUUACCAACAGCACUGCCCUUAGGAGAACAGCAUUUCCCCAGGUUGUGUGACUUGAGUCACAGGCUGCAGAGCUCUGUCCUUCAAAGACUGAUCCUUGGCGUCCGCAUGCCGAACUCCUCCAGGAGUGCCUGCCUCUCUCUCUCUCUCUCUCUCUUUUACCGGUUUCCAGCUUCCUGACUUAAGGCCCCCUUUGGGCACCUGGUCAAAUUGCAAAAUCCCCCUCCAUCUCCAUCUCUACACUCUCCCCGAUUCUCAGGACUUCUCUACCCAUCUGGCCGCCCGCCCCUCGAGUAUUCAUCUGGUCAACCCCCGCUCCCUAAGUGCCCUGGGCAUGAGUCCUCGGCCGCUCACUGCACUUCCAGGGACCUUUCUGCUCGCCUCUCCCCCACGCCGUCCUUCCAAGAUUCCUUAGCCUCUGAGUAGGAAGACAGUCUGGGCUCCAGCGCUCUGGCCAGGAAAGGCCAGGCCAGGCCAGGCCCAAAGCUAACUACCAGCCACACAGGUAAUGCAUUUGCAGUUUUGUAUUUUCCAUUCACACGUUAGCCUACAUGUCAUUUUAAUCUUCACAGAGAUAAUAACCUACCUUGCCCAGGAGACACUCCAUUGAAGAGAAGCCAUCAUCUGACCAUCGGGACCCCCGGCUGGCUACAGACCACAGGGCCUGCGCUCUCAGGCCGACUAGAGUCCACACCUCACCCCCUAACGACACUUCCCCGGAGAACGCAGGCACCACUGAAUGAGAGCUGGCCACUUCUCGUGAGUCACUGAAUAACCGGGGGCCACCGGCCCCUUGUCUGUUGCAUCGCAGCAAGGUAGCUUUCCAAGCCCGCUGGCUGCGAAGUGUCCGACUCGGCACUGCCAGAACUAUCGUCAAGCAGGGAGCAGAGAUGGGUCGAGGGAAGAGCCUCCCGGUGGGCGCGUGGGCCGGGUGUGCGAGAUGUUGGCACAUUUGGAACUGUCCGUGUCUGGGUGUGUGCCUAUUACCUCAGCAUUCUCACGAAGUGUACCAUGUAGCGUGUUUUGUGUAUAUAAAAGGGAGGGUUCAUGUUUAAUAUAUUCCCAGAUUAUCCUUGUAAUGGCACAAAUCUGCAAUAAAAGCCAUCAGUGGUAUUUGGAAGUA